AUGCGUCUCAUCAAUGUCGAAACUCUGGAGUUGGAAUCCUUCGUUGGGGAUCUGGGUCGAGAAGUACCAACAUAUGCCAUCCUCUCACACGUGUGGACGAAGGAGGAAGUCUCCUAUCAACAAAUGACUGGUUUACUUCCUCUUUUAGAAGACUCCAAAGGAUAUCGAAAAAUCGUCGAGUUCUGCGCCAAAGCCAGAAAUGAGGGAUUUGAGUACGCAUGGGUGGACACUUGUUGUAUAGACAAGACAUCAAGCGCAGAACUAUCAGAGGCUAUCAAUUCUAUGUUUCUGUGGUAUCGAAAGUCAGAUGCAUGCUAUGUAUAUCUUCAAGACGUGCCGAGCACAGAGAACCCUUUGUCUCAAGGAUCCCAAUUUCGUACGAGUCGCUGGUUUACACGUGGAUGGACGCUACAAGAGUUACUCGCGCCACAUGAAGUGAUAUUCUUAGCCGACGAUUGGCGUGAGAUUGGUACAAAAGCCACGCUCAGUGCGACAAUCUCGGAGAUAACAAAGAUUGACAUCAAAACUCUGGUCGGACACACCUGGACCCACGUCAGCAUUGCCAUGAUCAUGUCAUGGGCUUCGGAACGACAGACUACGAGAUUAGAAGAUCAAGCAUAUUCUCUCCUGGGUCUUUUUGAUGUCAACAUGCCUCUAAUAUAUGGGGAAGGCCAGAAAGCGUUUUACAGACUCCAAGUUGAAAUAAUGAAGCUCUCAAACGACGAUUCAUUAUUCGCGUGGUCUACAGAGCCGCUCCAAGAAAAAGGCUACUCCACUAGGGAAGGAAUCUCGGCAAGAGGCUUUCAGUUCCUAGGCCUUCUAGCACCAUCUGUCUCCUGUUUUAGAGAUUCUUAUGACAUUGUGACGCCGAAAGACUAUCCCGACAGCCAUUCACCUUAUGAUAUGGCAAAGCAAAAUGUCAGUUUAUCAGCUGUGUUGGUCAAACUAUGUCCAUUACCAAUCGACCCCAAGAAUCUCAACUGCGGAAUAGACGACGUUGAUGUAGUCGGAACAGUCAGGUUCUCAAAAAAUGUCCACCCCGUGAAAGCCGUUGACCAUGGCCUUGUCAUCACACCAGCUAGACAAAACUCCAAAGGGUUGAAAGCAAUGUGUCUACUCGCCAUAUUACGAUGUCGGAACAAAGAUGGAUAUAUCGCGAUACCUAUCAAGAAAGUGGCUUCUGGUGCUUUCCAAAGAGUGGAAAACGGCUAUCGAUGCCGAUGGUUUAGAGUGCGCUUGAUGCCACUACGAUUGUGUCUCACGGAAGAACAUGAGAGACAGCAUCACGAAUCGGCAUACAGAUUGAGGCAGUUUGACUCUGAGAAUAGAGAAAGAGGGCCUCCAGCGGAUCCACCUGAGACAAUACUUAUUAAAGCAUAUGUCCCACUGGAAACAUCAUUUGGGGCUUCGAAAUCAUUGCCAAAGGCUGAAGGUCUCAACUCAAUAUUCAGAUUCAGAUCACUACCUAUCGAACACGCCAACUAUGUUCUCAGCAGUGACUAUCCAGUAAACUGUAUACUGCCCUUGCCUGAGUUACGAGCUCAUGCUACUGUACUUGAGAAGUUCAAUGCAAGCAUCAACUUUACCCCGACCACAUUUCUUCUGUUCAGAGAUAUUGAGCCGAGAGGUACAAUGCCGCCAUUCCUCAUCUACGUCAAAUCUCACAGAGACAACAUGCAGAGUUCUGGUAGCAUGAUAGGGUGUCUGGUAGGACCUCAAGCGGAAAGCUGGAUCAAGGCACCAGAAACUCUUCAUGAUGAUUUUAUCCAAGUCGACACCAAGCGAUCAUGCACAAGGGUACCUCUCUUGGGUGAUUUAUUUUUAGUCUUUCGAGUCCGCCGAGGAAUUGAUCAAAGUUCAAUACGUUACCUCAACGUGGGUAUAGAAAGAGGGCUGACGUGGGACACGGGAUCACAAAAUGAUCCGUCUAACAUAAAUGGCGUUAUACCAUCAGGUUCUGAAGAGUCUUUAUCACGUCGCUUCACUGACAUAUCUAUAUAA